UUAUCAAAAAAUAAUAAGCAGCUCCUCCCAAUUUCUUCCCAAUCUCUCAGACGCACCCUCUCGCCACGCCUCCGGCAGGACUUUAGCGAUACCUUUUCACUGUCUUGCGCCGCUGCAAAAACGCCGUACCAGUGCCGGCGACGUGCCUCUUCGGCUCCCCUUCGGUCACCGCUGCACCUAUCAGGUGAUUAGACGAUAUCACCAUUCAGGAGUUUUUCAUGAAUAUUGCCAUCUUCUCCUCUCGUUUCAAGAAUCUUGCUAUUGGUUGGGUUUCAAAAACAGUAAUCUCCAAGAGUAAUACUUCUAUUAGACUCUUUGCUACCUCCAAAGAAAUUCAGAAAAAAUCCAAAUCUAGUUACAUUUCUCACGAAACGGCCAUAAAGUUAAUAAAAAAUGAAAGAGAUCCUCAACAUGCCCUUGACAUAUUUAACAUGGUAUCAGAGCAACAAGGAUUUAAUCACAACCACGCUACUUAUGCAAGCAUUAUUCAAAACCUUGCAAAGUACAAGAAAUUUCAGGCUAUUGAUGGAGUUUUGCAUCAAAUGACAUAUGACACUUGCAAAGUACACGAGGGUAUAUUCCUUAAUCUCAUGAAGCAUUUUUCAAAGUCUUCAAUGCACGAAAGAGUGCUUGACAUGUUUUAUGCCAUCAAGUCGAUCGUUCGUGAGAAGCCUUCUCUUAAAGCAAUCAGUACGUGUCUCAAUCUUCUAGUUGAAUCCGAUCGGGUUGAUCUUGCCAGAAAGUUGCUUGUGAAUGCCAGGAGUAAGCUUAACUUAAGACCAAACACUUGCAUUUUCAACAUCUUAGUUAAGCACCAUUGCAGAAAUGGAGAUCUUCAAGCUGCAUUUGAGGUUGUGAAGGAAAUGAAAAGUGCUAGAGUCUCUUAUCCUAAUCUGGUCACUUACUCAACUCUGAUAGGUGGCCUUUGUGAAAAUGGAAAACUUAAAGAAGCCAUUGAAUUUUUUGAGGAAAUGGUUUCAAAGGACAAUAUCUUACCUGAUGCCUUAACUUACAACAUUUUGAUCAAUGGCUUUUGUCAGAGAGGGAAAGUCGACCGUGCAAGGACAAUACUUGAGUUCAUGAAAAGCAAUGGAUGUAGUCCUAAUGUAUUCAAUUACUCAGUCUUAAUGAAUGGCUACUGUAAAGAGGGAAGAUUGCAAGAAGCAAAGGAGGUUUUCAAUGAAAUUAAGAGCCUUGGGAUGAAGCCCGAUACUAUCAGCUACACUACUUUAAUAAACUGUCUAUGUAGGACCGGAAGAGUCGACGAGGCAACAGAGUUACUCCAGCAGAUGAAGGACAAAGAUUGCAGAGCCGAUACCGUAACAUUUAACGUGAUGCUCGGAGGGCUAUGUCGAGAAGGUAGGUUUGAUGAGGCUCUUGAUAUGGUGCAGAAGCUUCCUUUUGAGGGUUUCUAUCUGAACAAAGGCAGUUACAGGAUUGUGUUGAAUUUCCUGACUCAAAAAGGAGAAUUGAGAAAGGCUACUGAGUUGUUGGGUCUGAUGUUGAAUAGAGGCUUUGUACCUCACCAUGCAACUUCGAAUACUUUGCUGCUUCUUCUUUGUAACAAUGGAAUGGUGAAGGAUGCAGUUGAAUCUUUGCUUGGAUUGUUAGAGAUGGGCUUUAAACCUGAGCAUGAAUCUUGGUUUACUUUGGUUGAUUUGAUAUGCAGGGAGAGAAAAAUGUUGCCUGUGUUUGAAUUGCUUGAUGUGUUGGUCACUCAAGAGUAUUUGUAAGUUAAGCACUUGCUGUAUUUUAAAAAAACUCCGAUAUCUGUAUUCUUAUCUCUCAAUUGUAAUAAAGCGCAAUAAUCUAAGAAAAGAAAUGCGGAUUUUUUUAUAUA